AUGACGACUCCACGCGCUCAGCAGACUUCGACGGGCCCCAAUCAUUACCAGUCUGUCGAUCAGACCACACCCACAUCACUCCCGCAGGCUUCACUUCCCAUUCGGACGAGUUCCCAACACUCUGGCGCUACACAAACCACCUCGACACGGGCCAAUGACCCGCGAAACUAUUCGCGAACCUCACAGUCACAAGGAGAAUACGCUAGUGAAAAUGAUCGAAUGAGUGAGUCAGAUCGCCGGCGUGCAGAGCAGCGGUCGCCGAGAGAGGAUCAACAGCCAGGAAGUGCAAAAAGCCAACGGACGCGACCUGUGCCAACAUCGAGUAGAUCAGCUACAGCAGUGGGACAGGUGCCAGUGGGUACAGAGCUGCCUAGAGAAAACAGUGCUAUCAUCAACCGCAUAGUGGUGGAUGAUCCGCAGGCUGAUAUCGCUCGUGAGGAGAUGCGCAAGGCCGAGGCCCGGCCACAACCGCCAGGCACUGCUGGCAUCCCAGGGUUGGACGCCACUGGCGGCCCUGUCCAGCCUGCUCCUGUUGCACCCCAGAGAAGUCGUCAGGAACAUCUGAGGCUGGCUCCAGUCUCUCGGAAAGAGGUCAAAUUCGGAGAUUACAUCCUUGGACAGACUCUUGGUGAGGGCGAAUUCGGCAAAGUCAAGAUGGGCUGGAAGAAGGACUCGACAGUGCAAGUUGCUAUUAAGCUGAUCCGCAAGGAAAGCUUGGCUGGCAACACGACGCGACUCCCAAAGAUAUAUCGCGAGAUCUCCAUUUUGCGUGAACUGCAACACCCUAACAUUGUUCGCCUACAUGAAUUCGUCGAAACUGAAAGACAUAUGGGUAUCAUUCUGGAGUAUGCUUCCGGAGGCGAACUCUUCGACUACAUCCUCAAUCAUCGAUAUCUGAAGGACCCAGCAGCUCGGCGCUUAUUCGCGCAACUCGUAUCCGGUGUUGGUUAUCUACACAAAAAGGGUAUUGUGCACCGUGACUUGAAGCUGGAGAAUUUGCUGUUGGACCGCAAUAAGCAUAUUAUCAUUACUGAUUUUGGUUUUGCAAACACUUUCGAUCCUAAUGAUGAGCUCGGUGAAGAGAUUGAGAGGAAUUUGCACGACAAGUCAUACGUCAAGCGAGAAGGGUUGGACAAGAUCAUUGCUCGUAAGGAUGGUAGGGAAGGGACAUACCGUCGCGGCGACCUCAUGCAGACUUCUUGUGGAAGUCCCUGCUAUGCAGCGCCAGAGCUCGUGGUUAGCGAUGGUCUCUACACUGGCCGGAAAGUUGACGUGUGGAGCUGUGGUGUGAUCUUGUAUGCCAUGCUGGCAGGAUACUUGCCAUUCGACGACGAUCCAGCCAACCCAGAAGGCGACAACAUCAACUUGUUGUACAAAUACAUUGUCAGCACACCUCUGACUUUCCCAGAAUAUGUCACGCCUCAUGCCAGAGAUCUUCUUCGGCGCAUCCUGGUGCCCGAUCCAAGAAAGAGAGCGGAUUUGUUCGAGGUGGCUCGACACAGCUGGUUGAGCGAGUAUACCCACGUCGUUGGCUUCAUCGGCAGCACCAUCAAGAGUGAGGGUGAAGCCGCUCCUACACGCCUUGAAAAGCAAGAGGAUGUUGCAUAUCUUUCGCGCAGUGCAUCGGUCAGGGAGCCCAGCACUCGGAUGCCAGCUUCAGAAUCGAAAAGCUCGUCAAAUAUGCCACGUCAUGCAGCCGCUGCCAGUAUUGGCGGUGAGGAAGCCAGUGAUAUUCGCCGGCAGCAACAGCAACAGCACCGGGACAACAAAAGGAAUACUGUCCAGCUGGAGUACGUACCGCCAUUUUCGAAUGGCCGCAACAACAGCGUGGGUGGUGCGAGUGCUACAGCAGCUUCUCCCGUGGUUGGCAAGACUAGAGUGCGUCCUGAGGGUCAAGGACCAGUUGAGGUCUCCCAAUCGCAGCGAAGGCAAGAUGGAGGCAUGCCGCCGCCGUCCAGAGGCGGCAGAGACCAGCGUUCGACAUCGGAGGCCCUGCAAAAUUACAGUGGGACAGCGGCGACACAAAUGUCACGACCAAACACAAGUGGUGCUCUUGGUGGGACUACCCGUCUUCCUUCUCGUGGCAAUUCGUAUAGCCAACCUUCUGUGGCUCAGCAAACAAACGCGAAUGCGCAAGGGUCCUUCUCGCAGCCAAAGUCGAAUACUGGAUAUAUCAUCGCCAAUCCAGCACCAGGAGAACAGAGCGGUAUCGAUGCCACUCAACGACCUUCGAGUCAGACGCAACCAACUCGUGUGAGCAACAAUUUCUCGGGCCCAGCUCCGAACUUCGCGGCUGGUCGUAUCGGUGGUCACAAGCGAAGCAGCACAUUGGGCAGCAUCACCGACAAGUUCCUAAAUCGCAGCUCUACCAAACGAGUAUCGCAGCAAGACCCUGCAGGCUUGUCAGAUCCUCCCAGCGAGAAGAAAGAUCGCAGAUACCCUCCACUCAGCAUGAAGGCUCCUAUUGCCUCCGAGGAUGCGCCAUCACGACCAUCCACAGAUAGCCGCCGGCCGAGCUUUGGUUUCAGUCGCAAGGCCAGUCGCGAGCGUGACUCGAGCGUGCAGGGCAGGCGAUCGUCGCGCCGAUUCUCUCUUCUUCCCAGUAACUUCAGCAUGAACAGUAUCCUAGGCAGAAAAGAACAAGGCUACGAAUCCAACACUGAUGACGGUCAACGGCAAAGCGAUGUCUCUCAGCAACCUCCCAGAAACGGCCGCCCACCGAGCAAGGGUGUACAGCCUCAAAAAGGUUCACGCAGUCCCAGUGGUAGUACUCUUGAUUCUGGAGCACCCGCCCAUUACGAUGGCGAGCAAAACCGUGUUCAGGGUCGAUCCGCAGCAGCGCCGACACGUGCGAUGUACGACAAAGCUCUUCCCGCAACUCCGGGCGCACAGGAUGCUUCACUCAGGGGCACAACGCCGCCUUCUCAGCGCCGACCAUUCGCAGGGGACGAGGGCUACAACUCAAGCCGACUCAACCCCGCCACCAGCGAUGCUCACGAGCAUUUCUACCAGGACCCACCAGUAUCCGCCGGUGGGGCAGCUUACCCGACCCGCGUCCACCACGAGCCCGCAUCUUACGAUGACGAUGGCUACGACGACACCAACAACGACGACGAAGACAACGACGGCAACCUCCGCUCCCAGACAUCUCUCCGUCCUCAACAGCGGAAAUUCGGCGAGGGCUAUGACCACGGCCACGGCGGCUCCUCGAGCGCGACCCGACGCGUCAUGGACUUUUUCCGACGACGAGGCAAGGACCGCGGCGAGGUAUAG